CAAACGAUAGUUAGGCCCACGAGAACCUUUGGCCUGUAUUUUCUAGACUAGAUGAUGAUGGAUGGCUGCUGGCUGCUCUCGUGGCUGUUUGUCUGAUUUUCCAAACUCCGACUUCAUUUUCGCCUGUGCCUCUCUCUCUCUCUCUCUCUGUAAUCAAAACUUUGAAGACAAAGAAGAAAAUGUCUGGUCCUAGGAUUGCUCAUGCUACCUUGAAGGGUCCAAGUGUUGUAAAAGAGAUUGUAAUUGCAAUAACACUCGGUUUAGCUGCUGGUGGUGUCUGGAAGAUGCAUCACUGGAAUGAACAGAGAAAAACCAGGACCUUUUACGAUUUACUGGAAAAGGGUGAGAUUAGUGUUAUUGCAGAGGAAGAGUAAAAAUGGUUUUGCUGUGUGCCUAUGCUUUCCAUAUAUAGGCUCUUUUGUUUGUUGCUAUAUUCAAUUGGCUCUUUAAGUGUAAAUGAGCCGAGCUACUUACACAUUGAAAAGAAUAAGUACUUGCUCUGAUUUUGGAUUAUGUUGGCAUGUAGAAAUUUCAUGAUGCAAUGCUAUAUUUCGUUUUUGUGUUA